UGGUCAUGACCCAUGACCUUCGGGCACUGCGCAGCUCGCAGGAUUGCAGGCCGCCUCGCGCUCGCAAGAUCGCAAUGUCUAGGGCAGCAUGAGACUGAGAUCCACUCCAUGCAUCCAUGCCAUACACCAAGCCCGCCACCGCAGCUCGCAGCUCGUACAUGGCGGUGCCUCAGCCACUGACGCUUUGUUGCUCGCCGUCGCGACACCGCCCCUUUAUCUCCUCCUUCUCCCCCUCGCUCCUCCCACUCCGCCUACUUUGAUGCGAUCACCUACGCGUCGGCGCGUCGGCUCGGGCACCCCCGCAAAUGAGGCAGAGGGGUGUGUCGUGAAGGAUAUCGGAUCAACUGGACUGUUCUGACCACCGAUCUACGGAACCAGAUCACCGCGAUCAUCCGGAGCCAAAAUAUACUCCCGCCUAUCUAUUCCACUGAAUCCUCGGUGGCGGCAGU